AUGACCCCAGCCUCAGGUGUCAGCGAAGACACCUCCGACCACUCGAUACCCUCCGCAUUGAACGGCCCCAAUCCGUCCCAGCCCACACCGGGUGAAACUUCUGCAAGUCACGCUGAAAACCAGGACAGUGCAGUGUCCCCGCCCGAAGCCGCAAGACCGGUCGCGGAGGCUCAGCAGCUUCCACAAACCUUGAACGAAGUUGAUGACUUCGGUCUACCUAUCCGACCCCGUCGAAAGCCUGAACCAGCUCCCGCCGAGCUCUCCACGCAAGAGAUUACCGGUCAUGAUCCCCAGGUCACUGCGGGGUCGACCACAUACAGUGAUGCUGUGAAAAAGACGGCAGUGCACGAGCCGGCACAGGAAGAGCCGGAGCGAGACACCCCCCUUGAACCGGCAAACGGGAAUGUUACGGAGCCAAGGCGCUCGGAGGCCCAGGAGGCUUCCCCCGCGCCUGCAGAGAAGCCGCUAACGACUGGGACCUCCGAUCAGCCUCGAUCCUCGAUCUCUAAGCAAAAACCUCCACAGGUAUCGGAAUGGUCGCACCAACGACUCGCACAGCCUGGUUCGCAUCAACCGGAGAGUGAUGAGGAGGAAGAAGAAAAUGACGAAUGGACGACGAUGCCUGCUCUUGGAGAAUUUGACUACUACGACGACUACGGGCGGCUCAUUGCUCGUGGAACCAAAGAGGAAAGCGAGGAGGCAGUAUAUCAAGGGCUCGGAGGCGCAGGGAGGGGAUAUACCCGGGUACAGCUUGACGAAGAUGCCCAGUCUGCCACGAGUCUUGAUGAGGAUACAAGCUAUUUGUUUCGAGACACAGGCGACAACUCUGCUGGUCUUGUCGGAGAGGAGUUGCGAGACUCCCUGAGUCAACUGCAGGCCACAAAAGAUCUUCUUAGUGAAACUCAGAAAAUCGCCUACGUGGGUGUUGUCCGGCUGUCGAUCCAUAAUAUGAAUCAUGAUCUGGCGUCGAUCGCCACUACUAAGUCUACCCGCAAAACCAUGCAAAAGGCCUCAGAUGCUAUGCGAAAAUGGGGUCAAGCAAUCAUGGCGCGCGUCUAUGCCCACAUGGACAUCGAUUCAGCCGAGCAGAUCAUGAUUGAGCAGCUUGCUGGUCAUGGUGUGCAGCCUGAGGAUCUGAUUCCACCUCUCAUGCAAAAUGCGAGAGUGAAGAACCCUAUGGCUGAAAGUAAGCCCAAAAACUCUACGUCCAGUCUGAAAGACGGCCGUCUAUCCAGUAGACUCUCUGCGGAUACCGAUUCUUCUGAACUAGACCCUCCACCGCCAUAUGAGGCUCAUGAGACCGAGGAGCCCCCCGAAGUUACAACUCCCUCUCAGAUGCCAACCUCCGAUCGCAUCGACAUCGAUCUCCGUUGGACAGUCUUAUGUGACCUGUUCCUUGUGCUCAUCGCAGACUCAGCAUAUGACGCGCGCUCCCGAACCCUCUUGGAAAAGGUUGGCGCCGCCUUAGAAGUUACAUGGCUGCAGAUCUCGCGAUUCGAGAAGCGCGUCACAGACUCUCUUGAAAUGCAAGAGCAAUCCGAGAAGGAAAACUGGGAUGAGUCUGAUCACAUGGAAAAGCGCCGCAAGAUGGCAUUGAAGCGAAAAUAUAUGAUAAUGGGCCUAGCUACCGUGGGUGGUGGCCUCGUCAUUGGUCUUUCUGCUGGAUUACUGGCGCCAGUCAUCGGAGCUGGUCUCGCAGCUGGAUUUACCACCGUGGGCAUCUCUGGCACAAGUGCAUUCCUGGGAGGCGCCGGUGGCACUGCCUUGAUUGCAUCCAGUGCUACACUGGGUGGAAGCACCAUUGGAAUGAGAGCUUCGCACCGGCGCACUGGUGCGGUGUCGACUUUCGAGUACCGACCUUUGCACAAUAAUAAGAAGGUUAACUUGAUUGUCACUGUCUCGGGGUGGAUGACUGGGAAAGUUGAUGAUGUUCGUUUACCAUUCAGUACUGUGGAUCCUAUAAUGGGUGAUAUCUAUUCUGUGCUUUGGGAGCCUGAGAUGCUCCGAAGUAUGGGUGACACGAUUAACAUUUUGGCAACAGAGGCACUGACCCAAGGCCUGCAACAAGUCCUGGGCAGCACUGUUCUUAUGGCGCUCAUGGCCUCCUUGCAACUACCUCUUGUUCUUACAAAACUCGCAUAUCUGAUUGACAACCCCUGGAUUGUCUCAUUGGCACGCGCCAACUCGGCCGGCCUUGUUAUGGCGGACUCUCUUCAGGAGCGUAAUCUCGGCAACCGGCCAGUCACAUUGCUUGGCUUCUCCCUCGGCGCGCGUGUGAUCUUCUCUUGCCUCAAAGAGUUGGCUGAUAAGGGUGCCCAUGGACUGGUUCAGAAUGUAUACUUAUUCGGAUCGCCUGUGGUUGCAAAUAAGGAUGAAUACCUUAAAGCUCGCAGUGUUGUGUCUGGUCGUUUUGUUAAUGGUUACGCUACCAAUGACUGGAUUCUGGGAUAUCUGUUCCGUGCGACCAGUGGUGGCAUCAUGAAAGUUGCCGGUCUUGCGGCAGUAGAGGGCAUCCCAGGCAUUGAGAACUUCGACAUUACCUCGCUUGUGAACGGCCAUAUGGACUAUCGUACCGCCAUGCCUCGUAUUCUGAGGGAAGUUGGCUGGGAGGUUCUAGAAGAUGAGUUCGCGGAAAUCGAAGAUCCAGACCCCGACAACCACGCCGAGCGACAGCGAGAGCUGAUCCGUGAGAUUGACGAAGCUCGACGGGAGGCGGAAGCGAAGCCCGAGAAGAAGAGGUUCGGCCUUUUCAAACGGGGCAAGAUGGCGGAGAAGAAGAAAUGGGAGACCUACGAUGUUGAUCGAAACAACACCCCAGACGAAACCUCUGAUCUCAACAGCAGUCCUGGCACUGUGCUCUUCGAUAUCGAGGCUAUUCGAGCGGAGCUGCACUCGGAGGCAAUCGAAGUCAAAGAAUUAGAGUCGACAAUGCCUGUGAUGAAAGUGGACCUGAACUCCCCAUCAGAACCUACUCAACCUUCUCCUACCACCAAGGAGCCAAAGUCUCCUGACAUGCCACCAGUAUCCCGGGCGGUCUCAACGCCAAUACCAGUCGGGCAAUAUUCCCCUCACGAACCCUCCAAGCAUGACGAAGCUGAAUUGACUUUUGACACUUCAUUUCAUGAUUCCCCAAGCACGAGCGACACCCCUUCUUCCCGACCCGAAUUGCGAACAGCUUCCACAAUGCCUAAUGUUGGUGCCACUGCUUUCGGAGCCAUGGCCAUGGAGCCCAAUGCUUGGGCGGACGGAGGACAUGAUGGCGACAUUUCAAUGACCUUUGAGUAG